AUGGCGGUGGGGAGUUUUGGGAUGUUUCGUGUUAUAGUCGAUAUCCGUUCAUUUGCUAUGAUGAGGUACGUGUUUGUCGAUCAAAACAAGAACUGGAAAGACGCUCAGACGUUCUGCAGGCAGAAUCACACCGAUCUGGUCAGCGUGAGGAACCUGGAUGAGAACCUGCGUGUCCAAGUGUUGGUGCCGCCGGGAGCUCUGGUGUUCAUCGGCCUCUUUAAAGAUACUUUCAGAUGGUCGGAUAACAGCAGCUCCUCGUUCAGACGCUGGUCCGUCCGUGAGCCUAAUGACUCUGGAGCUUGUGUUGCACAAAGACUGUCAGAUAUAAACACGUGGGUCGAUCAGAACUGCAAUGAUACGAGACCGUUCGUCUGCCAAGACGGAGAGAAGGUGCAGAUACUGAGAGUGAAGCUGAAAUCAGGUCAGAAUGUGAAUGAUCCUGUAAUGAAAGUGUUUAUCAAGGAGAAGAUCCAGGAGAAACUAGUGAGUCUGGGAAUGCCUAAAGACGCCAAACUACAGUGGAGGGUUCAGUCAGACGGAGAGAUCUUCCACCUGCUGGAGAAUGACAUGAAUUCAUGGAAAUAGGACCUGACAGAUAUGAACUGACUCUUUGUAAAACAGGAAAAAAAUAUUUAUGUACAGUAAAACUAUA